UCACCUGACGGUUGUGUGGUUGCAGCCAGCGGGUUCAGCAUUUGAUACACGGGAUUGGAAAUAAUCACAAAACAAACCAUAAUUUCAGGCCAAGAGACUAAGACAUUUUCCGGUAAAUCCGUUCUCGGUUUCCCGUCGCUUGCACAAUGAGUGCCUGCACCCCUAAAUCGCUGGCUUCGUCUGGACAAAAACCCAUUCAGGAGAUAUGCCAUCCGCUCGGAGCCGAGGAGGCAGUUCUCACACCCAGUCCAGAUGUCAGAAACCUCACUUGCAGCACUGGAGAGAAGGACCAAAUUCAGCCCAAUGGGACGCCGGUGGAGACAUCUAGUCCCUCCUCCUCGUCCUCCCUCCUGAACCGGCUGCAGCUGGAUGACGACCUGGAUGGAGAAACACGUGACCUCUUCGUCACCGUCGACGACCCGAAGAAACACGUCUCCACCAUGGAGACCUACAUCACCUACAGAGUGGUCACUAAGACAACGCGGGUGGAGUUUGACCUACCAGAGUACACUGUGAGGAGACGCUACCAGGACUUUGAUUGGCUCAGGACCAAGUUGGAGGAUAGUCAGCCUACACAUCUCAUACCACCCCUCCCUGAGAAGUUUGUGAUGAAGGGGGUGGUGGACCGGUUCUCUGAGGAGUUUGUUGAGACGAGGAGGAAGGCUCUGGAUAAGUUCUUGAAGAGAGUGGCUGACCAUCCUGUCCUGUCGUUCAACGAACACUUAAACUCCUUCCUCUCUGCCAAGGACCUGAAUAAGAGACAAGGCCUAGCCCUGCUCUCUAAGAUGGGGGAGUCGGUGAAGUACGUGACAGGAGGGUACAAGCUGAGGGGUCGACCCGUGGAGUUUUCUGCUAUGGGAGACUACCUGGAUAUGUUCACACAGAAGCUGGGUACUAUCGACAGGAUAGCACAGAGAAUCAUCAAAGAACAGACUGAGUACCUAGCAGAGCUGAAGGAGUACGGUCCAGUCUACACCACCUGGGCGGCGUCGGAGGCGGAGCUACAGGGGCCUCUGGAGGGCGUGGCCAGCUGCAUGGCUAACUGCUCCAUCGCCCUGGACGAACUCACCCAGGAUAUGAGCGGAGACUUCCUGCCCGUGCUCCGAGAAUACGUCCUCUAUAUCGAGUCCAUGAAGGUAAGUCUGACCUCUGACCUCCAACACGUUCCUUAG